UGGGACUGACUGGUUUGAUAGAGAUUGCUGCCGGUGGCUCCCGGUUUCCAGUCCGACACCGACUCCUCUGACCGCCGACCGACCGACGGAUGGAUGAUGGAUGCCGCGCCGAGUUAAUCUGCGUCCUCGGUGAAGAGAAAGGAGACGGGCUAAAGUCCUGCUCCUUGGACUGUGGACCCAAAGAGCUGCUGAGCAUCUGAUGGAGGACGGUUCACACUGUCGGCCCGGUCAUUCGUGUGGAUCUCUGCUCUCCUCCUGUGGACACUGAGGCGUUUCUGAUCAGAGACUGUGGAUCUGCUGCAGCCAUGUUUCCUCCAGAGUCCAGUCCAGCCUCGCGGACGCUCCAGCUGCUCGCCGCCGCCGUCGCUGUGAUACUGCUGACCUUGCUUCCCGUGAGCGCCGUGGAACCAGAGACUUGUUUCUCCAGACAGCACCAGAGCGCCAGAGUCAACGUCAGACUGGCCCUGAACAGACCGGGGGCGCUGAUGGAGGGACGGGCGGUCCGGUCUGACAGGGACUGUGUCCUCACCUGCUGCUCAGAGGAAGUCAAACCAGGAGCCAAGUGCAACAUGGCCGUCUUCACCGCCAUCAGACGCAGCGGCGAGGACAACUGCCUCCUGUUCCACUGUCCCACGGAGCAGGACUGUCCUCUGAUGAAGGCUCCGGACGGCACCAACACCUACGACAUCUACAAAGGGUUGAUUCAUCCAACCACAGUGAGACCUGUCACCACGACAACCACAAAAGAAACCAUCUCCACCACCGCUCUGGCACCAACCACACCUGCAACCACCACAACAACCACAACCACCACACAGAGUACAACAACGCCACCACCACCACCAACCACAACAACAACAACAACAACCACAACAACCACAACAACCACAACAACCACACAGCCCACCACCACAACAACAACCACCACCACACAUGCUCCAGCCACCACGACAGCACCUCCACCCAUCAUCAUCAUCGCCACGAUGCCUGCGAUAACACCAUCACCCACCACCACCACAACAACAGCAGCACCAACAACUACAGCAGCACCAACAACUACAGCAGCAACAACAACAACAACAACAGAAACAACAACAACAACGACAACAACAGCUCCCACCUUCACCUCCAUCACCAUGAAGAAGACAAACAAACCCAGCAAGAAGCAAAACAAAACUGCCAAGAAAGGAAAACCACAUCCUGUCAGCACCACCACCACGACUGCCGCCACCACCACCGCCACCUUCCCGCCCACUCUCAGCCCCACGACAUCACUUCCUGUUGUAACGGCGGGAAAAGAGGCUGAACAUAGAACUACUGACAAACCACAGCCGAGUACUGAACCCACCACAACCACCACAACCACCACUGUUCCCACCACUGUUCCCACCACUGUUCCCACCACGACCGCCACCACCACCACGACCGCCACCACGACCACGUCCACGACCACGACUGCUCUUAAAACCACCACCUCCCCCUCCACCCCUCCCCCUACAACCGUUCCUACCACUACUGCCCCUCCUCCUCCUCCCACCACCACCACUACAACCACCACCACCACUGAGCCGCCCACCGUGAGGACGACUCCCGCAGCGAGUUUGGUCAUCGUCCCCAAAGGUGUCCUCCAGUCCGACCACGCCCUCCAGAACUCGAGUGUCGGCCGGGGGAAGGCGGUAGCCGCUCGGGGGGCGGUGAAGAGCGGCGUGGUGGCGUUCAUGGUGCUGGGGCUCGCCGUGCUCACGCUGGCCCUGGCCGUGGGCGGACGUAAGGCGAUGGAGUCCUUCGACAGACGCCAUUACACGAGACUGGAGCUGAACGACCUGCACUACGAGGUCUGAGGACGGACUUUGACUUUCAGGACGGAAGCUCAGAGGGACAAUUAUCAUGUUCGUCUCUUGAGUUACACAAUAAUCGAAUGUCUGCUUCACUCUGUUAAAGAGGCGCUGAACCGUGACCACAGAGAAUACUGGAUUCUGAUUGGUCAGACGUAACCACACAGCUCUUCAGUUUAUUACGUUUCAAUACGUUACGUUUAUCAGCCUAAAAUAUGAUUGAACAAGACUUUGACCUUUGACCUGUGCAGUUAUUUAAUAGGAGUGGGUGAUGUGAAUAAAAAUCCUCCAUCACACAAAGUGAUUAGUUAUUAAUGAGAUUCUUUGUUCAUGAACAUGAUAUUUAAUACAGAAGCUCCGUGUGUUUAAUGGCAGAGAAUUUACCUGCUUUUCCUGCUUUUCCUGCUCCAGCAAAGGAAAGAGCAGAGAAAUCCAAAUACAUCAUUAAAGAAAGAAUAACUACAACAGUAAUGAAUAUAAUCACAUGGUUUAUAUCAUGUUCAUGUCUCAUCACCCGCUCGUAUUCUCAGUAAGUCUCGUCAUGUCUGAUGAGUGACUGACGGAAAACACAAAGAGUGAAACUCAUUUUCAUUUGACUAAAUCCACAGAAUUAUGAUUUCCUCAUGAUUCUGACUGUCUGAGGUAAAAACCGACUUUUAUUUCUCACUUUCUCAGAAUUCUGACGUUUUCUCAGAGAUGAUUUUUCUUCUUCUCCGGUUCGUACGAGGCUCGAAGGUCCCGAAAGACUUUUUUAUUUUGUGUUCACAAAUCAGGAUUUUGUUUUUCUUUCUGGAUUUCUAUUUUCUUUUCAAUAUUAACAUUUCUCAAUAAUUUAGUCGAUAAGAAUUUUGACUUUAAUAAACUUUAUCCUCAGACUUUAGAUUUUUUCCUAAAUUUGAACCAUAAUCUUUUCAGAGAACUUACUUCUUCUCUGAAUUAUAUUUUUAUCUUGUGUCCACGACAAGACAGGAUUGUUUUCAUUUUUAGUCUCUUUUACUUCAUAGAACAUUUAAAAUUCUCUGAAUCUAAAAUAAACUUUAUGUUUUCCAGUUUCUGAGAUUUGAACCACAUUCUCAGAGAUUUUACUUUUACUAAAAAAAAAAUCAUGUUUCAGGACUUUGACUCAGAGACUGAAGUCUGAGCUUUUCUCAUAAUUCUGACUCUUUGGUUUCACUCACUGACGUUUAUUCCUGCCUUUCACUUGUUCUGCUUCAAAGCUGAGAACAGACCUACCUGUCCUCACCUGGUGAAACCACCUCCUGCAGAUCAUUUCUUCUUCUUGUCCUGUUGACUGUAGAAACUUCAGCUGGCGACGGAAAAACAAAGAACCAACAGCAAUAUUUUUAUUCCCCGAAACUCAGGAAGCCUGUGAAGCGUUCCCGUGGAGCAGAGCUGGAUUGUAUGAGCGGACACAGAUCUGUACAUUCGGCCGUCUGGUGUCGAGGCCUUUUCGCCAUGGGGGGAGGGGAGGGGGGGGGGGUUGUCGACUCUUUGUGUAUAAGACGUACACCUGCAUGUCUUUUUACUUCCACAUGCUUCAGCCAUACGAGCCUGUGAUUGCUUCUUAAAUCACCAACUCAGUCUAGAUGUCGGACUCACUCUCACUGUGUUGAUUUUGUAUUUUCUCCACGUUUCUCUUGUUUCACUUACGAUAAAAAUAUAAACGAUUGAUGCAAUCCUCUGAGAAUCGAUGCACUACUGUAUCCUGCGGUUUUUGAUAAAUGUGAUCUGCUUCUUUUACAAUAUUAGAUUGUUUUUCAUAGGUAAGAGUACACUGGCUGCGCACUAUUUUCCUAUAAUAACUACAUUUGUAUUGGAUGUCAGUGUAUUUGGGGGGUUGGGGGGGGGCAGAUGGAAGGACGUUGCUGCAGCAUCAGUUGACCACCAGGUGGCAGCAGCAGCCUGAUGAACUUCCUGCAGACACUGACCUGAAGACUGGCGACUUGUUUUCACUUCUCUUGCUUUGGUUUCUACUCUGUCUGAUUAACUCCAUGGAUGGUGAUAGUUUGGUCUCGUUUUGUGAAGUGAUGCUUUUGCAUAAGUUUGGAAUUUGAUGUUUUGUUCUUGUAAGGAUUAAAAAAAAAAUGUGAUUUUUGAAAGUG